AUGGUUCCAUAUAGUCUUCUCGAUGCUGUGCGGGAUCUCAUCGGCUUAGCCAGUACAGUCACCGUCUUGGUCUGGCUCGUCUGCGGCCUCCAGCCUCUGUUCGAAAAAGUAAAGGACUCGUGCCGAGCCUGUCAACCACCAGAAGGGCGUGCGCUGCUGCUAUGGUCCGCCUUUCUGAUCCCUAUAGCGUGGGUGGCUGCCGCUGCUCUCUACUACCACCACUUAUUUUCGCUCUGGGACUUGAUGGGGACCUUCCUCGAGAAACAACCAGUCAACAGACCAGUGUAUGCGUUACUGCACCUUUACCUCUUCUUCCUGCUCUUCUGUGGAUUCUACGCAUGGGCGAUUACAGGUUUCGAAAUCUUCCGGAAUCGUCAAGUGUUCAAUGAUCUUUUCAUGAUUGCGAGGUUCAAUACAAGGAGAUUUCAAGCAGUUGAAGAUCUGGAGGCCCAGCACAAUUCUUCUUCCACAGAUCCAAUUGAUGCCGGGGCGGAAACCCAUUCCGCCGUCGGCAACGUGUGCAGCACAAGUUCGCUUCCACAGAAUGAAGGUUCGCACAGGAGCGGUCAAGGUUCGAACGAAGACGUUGCUCCCACAGAGACCCGUAUCAACGGACCAGAACACCUAAUUGAGGAGACUGCCUGGCUCGCAAUUGACAGUCCUGUGGGUGAAAUCAUCAAUCGGACUGCAAUUUCUCCCAUCCAAAAAUGGAGCGUCAAAAGUUCAUCUUGGCCCAUAGGUGGCGGCUGGAACAAUAGCGAAGCCGGCGGACCCUCAGAUCAGCACAACCCCACCCUCGAUAGCGAUGGCGACGCAAUCACCAUGACGCCCUCCUCCUCUUCCUCUUCGAAUGCUUCAUCUGGAAUUGACGAGCUCGAAUAUGUCGACGAUGACGAUGAUCGAUAUGGUCUCCAAGGCGUCCGGCUUCGUGAGCCUGUUGGGGACCGAAAGCAGAAGGAUACUAACGCGAAGGGUACCAGCGCGUCAUAUACCAUCGACUGGCAUAGAUGCGUCGAAGACAACAAGGACGACGAUCCAUAUGGUCUCUACUACGCAACACCCCGUCUGAGUCCUCAAGACCAGAAUGGCAGAACCGAUAUCGAACCCCUCGAUAUCGGUGCCCCGCCCUCGCCAUGCGAUUCCUGCUCCUCUGCCCGCGCCGAGUCGAUUCCAACCGCCAAACGGUCUCCAGUCCGGGUGCCCAUAACGCCUACCAGCCCCACUGCGGAUGCCGACGAUGCCGAUACCGAAAAGACUGAUGUCGAACGGAAACAGCGCGAACGCAAAACCCGCAGCCCAGCAAUGUCCGCCCCACAAAGCCCUCAUGCACACAUAUCGAGGACGUCACCACCAUACGGCACCAACAUCAUCUCGCUCCGCAUAGACCCCUACCUCGGCGACGACGAAAAGAACACCAGCGCCCUAGAACCACACCACACAGCUCAUGAUCCAGAACACGGAGACCGCCCCGCGGCCAGCACACGCGCGUCUUCCAAAUCGAAACCCAACCCUUCUCCCAUGUCCGCUCCAGCCGUGCACACUCGCCCCGCCACCCCGCCUCUGGACUGGGGGAAACAGGAAACCGGACUAAUCUGGAUGUCUCGCGAAGCGGAAAACAGUGCGAGUGCCGCUCCACGGGACGAAAACGCCGACGUGGUAUCUUUCGACGGCCGGGUCGUGGCCGAGACGCGGGCCGGGAUGCGGAGAAGGGUUCAACGUCCUGUGAGGUCGCCGCAGCGAAAACGUGCCAGGUCGCCGUAUCCGAUGGCGGAGGGACGGCAAGGUCCGCGGGAUUUGUCGCUUGAGAUUCCUGAUGCGGGGAAUGAUUCUCAUGGUAGAGAGGAGGGGCGGUGA